AUGCAAGCUCCGCCCGCGCGGGCGUCUGCCGCCGGCGCGCCGUCGCAGUGGUACCGCCCCCCGUCGCCGGGUCUGUUCGAGAGCGUGGAAGAGGAGCUUGAUGCGCUUACGCUCGACGAUAUCGACCCCACUGCGUACGGCGAGGACCGGACGCCGGUCGCAUGGACGCCGACGAUGCCGCCGCAGGACGACUCGGACGAGGAGGAGGUCGUCGCGCUCGACGAGGACGAGGAGGACAUGCAUGCCUCGGGCAUCCCUGCAGCGCGUGGAUGGUACCUGCACGCACGUGAAUCUGAGACGGACGCGUUUCGCGAAAAGGUAAUGAAAAUGUUCCGCGACGUGCUCCAGCUGCCGGGCUGGUGCGACGACCAGGUGGACGAGGUGCUGCGCCCGCUCACGUACGAGUACCUUCACUUGAAGCGUAUCGGCAUCGCCAUGACCAACGCCGUGUUCUUUGUGAGCUACCGUCCCCCGGGCGGCCCCUACUUUAGUGCGCCGCCCACGGUCCUCCUGCGCGUGUACGGACCAGGAAGCGAGGCGCUGCUUUCGCGCCGGACCGAGCUGCUGAUUCUGCAUACGCUCUCGAGUCUGUACGAGAUCGGGCCGCAUAUUAUGGGCACCUUUGCCAACGGACGCGUCGAAGAGUUUUACGAGUGCGACUCGAUGAGCCUCGACCAGAUGCGCGACCUCGGCACGACCAGCGAAAGCUCGGGUCAGUGGGUCGCGCGCCGUAUGCGUGAGCUGCACGAGGUGCCGCUCGAGGUGAUGCGCACCGUGCUCGACCAGGGCGACCUCAAGGCGCCGUCCACCAAGGGCUUUGGCCGGGGCAUUGAGAACCACAUUAUGGCAUCGAGCCACCGCCCACGCCGCCGUACGCGCGCCGCGCCGAACCAGACGCCGAGCGGGUUCGACGCGUCGAGCCCGCUGCAGAGCUACAGCUACUUUGCGCAUCCUAGCCCUGGCCUCAUGACGCGCCACGCAAACGCGUCGACCAUGUCAUUUGACUCGCUCGCGACGAGCUACGACUCGGUCGCGAGUUUCGGCAGGACGCCGUCCGAGGCCGGCUCGCCGAUCCGCGAGUGCAAUGCGGACUUUACCAUGUCGCCCCUCGCGCUCGGCCCGUCGAGCGCGCCGCCUGUGCGUGGCCCCAAGGCGCCGUACCCCGGUGUGUGGCGCCGCCUGAAGCGGUGGACGCGCGAGAUUAGCAAGGUGAUGGAGAUGGUCAAUGCGUUUCUUGCGACGCCCGAAGGCGCGGCGAUCACGCGCGCGCUGAACCUCCCCGCGCAGCUUCCCGUGUCCGUCGACGCGGAGCCGCGGCCCCCGCCUUGCACCGCACAGGACCUGCGGUCCACGACGACCAACUUUAAAGACAUGAUGCUUUGUCUGCUGGCCGUCGACCUCCCCCAGCUGUGCCUCGAGGUGGCGCAGUACAAGCGGUACGUACGUACGUGGGAGUCGCAGGAGGGCAAGAGCCGCCGUGUCUUUUGCCACAACGACUCGCAGUACGGCAACCUGCUCAUGCUACGUGUCGACGAGAACGGGCAGCUGCCGCUCAUGGCGUCUGGCAUGCGCCGCGACGCGCCCGCGCCCAACUCCCCCCUGCUGCACACACCCGGCGGCCGGCGGCGCUCACGCUCGCGUGCGCGGUCCGCGCAGCCCCACCAGCGGCUAGUCGUGAUCGACUUUGAGUACGGCAGCCCGAAUCCCCGCGCAUACGACAUUGCGAACCACUUCCACGAGUGGUGUGCCGACUACCACGAUGAGGCGAAUCCCUGGAGCCUGCUUGGGCACGGCUCAUACCCCACCCGGGCCGAGCGCCGCCGCUGGCUCACGGCGUACGCCGACCAAGGCCGCUGGCUCAAAGGACGCAUGGGCGCCGCCAAGCUCGGCUCGCCCGAGUCGCUGCCCGCCGUGAGUGAGAUGGCGCUCCCCCCCGCGGUGACGUCGGGCAGCGCGCCCGGUACCCCUGGCAGCCCCGGCAACCUGCGCGAGAAUGCAGCGGCGGCCGAGGUCGAGCGCCUCGAGGAGGAAGUGUACGUUUGGUCGCCUGCGCCGCAUGCCGUGUGGGGCAUGUGGGGCGCGGUAAUGAGUUGUGACGACAUUGUGGCGUUGCUUGGCCGUGCGCGGGCGUGCGUCAAGUCGGUGGACGGGGUGCUGACAUACUGCCCCCCCUCGCCUGCGGAGCAGGAAGCGAUGGACAGGAAAGGCGCCGAGAGCUUUGACAACAUGCGCUACUCGCUCGGCCGCAUUGAGCUGUUCCGUAAAGAGCUGCGGGAGCGCCUGGCACAUAGCUAA